CUGUAACACCCCAAGAGCAAAGGAAGUUGGGACACACGCUUUAACCCCAGCCAGUCAGCCAGUCAGAUAUUUCUGCACUUGUGGACAUAGACAGAAACUCCUGCUACAGAGGGGACACAUAGACAACUUCAGACCAAUGGAAAACAGGAGGACAGAAGGAGAAUCACCAGCUCUGACAUCUAAGGACUCUGUCAUUUCCCAAGAGAGAAACCUGGAGAAAGACCCAUCAGCCCUUGAACUCCUGAAAGGCAUGCCCCCUGGUUCAGACCUGUUCAGGGAUGUGGCCAUAAUUUUCUCCCAAGAAGAAUGGGAGUACCUCGGGCCUGGUCAAAGGGUCUUGUACAGAGAUGUGAUGCUGGAGAACUACAGCCACCUGAUCUCACUGGGUCUUGCCAUAUCCAAACCUGAUGUGAUAUCCAUCCUAGAGCAAGGAAAAGAGCCGUGGAUAGAGAAAAGGGCUACAGCAGGAGGGCUGUGUUCAGCACUGGAAUCUGGAUAUGGUACCAAAAUAAUGUCCUCAAGUCAACAAAUUCAUGAAGUGGAAUCGCCACACUGGGAGAAAACAGAAAGCCUUACAAGCUUCAGCCUUGAGAGCUCAAGUCUCCCAGAUGACUGGGAAGGCAACAGCCUGUUUAACAGACAACCAGGAAGUCCAGACAGAAAUGCCAGUCCACUGUUAAUCAGUCAUGAAGAAAUACCUGGAUUAAACCAGCAAGCAUCUCUUACUUUUUACCAGACAAAGUCCUGUAGAUAUAAAAAAUGCAAAAAAGACUUCUGGGAAGAGCAGUUCUUUAUUAACCAAGGAAUUCAUACUAAUGAGAAACCCUACAAAUGUAGGGAAUGUGGGAAGACCUUUAAAUAUGGUUCACGACUAAUCCAGCAUGAGAAUAUCCAUUCUGGCAAGAAGCCUUAUGAAUGUAAAGAAUGUGGGAAGGCCUUCAAUUUUGGUUCAAAUUUCAUACAACACCAGAGUCAUACAGGGGAGAAACCUUAUGAAUGUAAAGAUUGUGCUAAAGCCUUCAGUCGAAGCUCACGGUUGAUUGAGCAUCAGCGAAUCCAUACUGGGGAGAAACCCUAUCAAUGUAAGGAAUGUGGCAAAGCCUUCAAUCGGAUCUCACAUCUUAGGGUACAUCACAGACUUCAUACUGGUGAGAAGCCCUAUGCAUGUAAGGAGUGUGGGAAAACCUUUAGCCAUAUGUCUCAGUUGAUUCAGCAUCAGACUGUUCAUACUGGCAAGAAACUCUUUGAAUGUAAAGACUGUGGGAAGGCUUUUAACCAAGGAUCCAGUCUUAUGCGACAUCAGAGAAUUCAUACUGGGGAGAAACCCUAUGGAUGUAAGGCAUGUAGCAAGACCUUUAGAGUGAACACACAGCUUAAGCAACAUCAGAGAAUUCACACUGGAGAGAAACCCUACCAGUGUAAGGUUUGCAGUAGGGCCUUCAAGCGUGUCUCACACCUCACAGUACACUGCAGAAUUCAUACAAGUGAGAAGCCAUACGAAUGUACGAAGGACCACAAGGUGGUCCAUUCUGAGGAAAAGCCCUACAAGUAUAAGGGAUAUGGAAGGAGCGUAAAUCAUGAUUCAACUACUGUUCAGCAUCCCAGACUGCAUAAUAGAGAAACGUGUGAACAUAAUAAAUGUAGAAAAGCCAUCCCUUGGCACUUACCCACUAUUAAUCAUCAGGGAAUUUGUGCUGGCAAGCAACCACAUGAAUAGAAGUAAUGAAAAGAGUCCAUUAGUUUAGGGAGAUCACAGCUUAUGCAUCUUGGAGAAAGGGUUGAUAAUGUACUGCAAAUGAGAUGCCUCUAUUCAGCUUAUUCUAAAUCAAAAUAUUUGUAUGAAAUUGUAUAAUUGUUUAGACCACAGCUGUCAAAGAAAUAGGGAAAAGUUGGAAUUAAUUUUGUCUCCUAACAUUCCAGAAUCUAGUUAUGGGAUUUUUGGUUUAGUUUGGGCUUUUUGUUUGUUUGUUUUUUGAGACACAGUCUUUCUUUGUAGCCUAGACUGGCCUAGAGUUUGCUAUAUAAACCAGACUGGCCUUAGAUUCAGAGAGAUUUGCCCCCUUUGCCUUGUGAAUGCUCCAAUAUUAAAAGUAUGUGCCACCACACCCAGCUUUAGUCACAGGGAAGAGGAGGCCAAAUUACUCUUGGUAACAAUGAAAUAAAUCAUUCAGACACCAUGAAUGGUAAUAAAAAGAAUGAAUUGAUUCUUUUACAUACUAAGAAAGGUUAAGACAUAAAGCUAUAUCAAGGGUAUGGUGACACAUGCCUUGAAUCUUAGCAUUUGGAAGGCAUAGGUAGGUGGAUCUCUGUGAGUUCCAGGUGAGCUAGCUAUACAGUGAGACCGUGUCUCAAAACAAUAACAACCCCACCCCCAAAAGCUAUACCCAGGGGAAUUAAUAAUUCCCUGCCCCCCAUGUGUGUACAUGCAAAUAAAACAGUGCAUGUGUAGAGAUCAGUGGGGAGCUUUCUGGAGUCACUCUUCCUGCUCUAUUUUUAUUUGGGUUCCCAAGGUUGAACUUAGAUCACUGAGCUAUCUCACUGGCCUUUUUAAUAGUUAAAAACACCAUAUUGUUUUGUUAAUCCCAGAGGAAUGGCUUACAGAUUUUGAACACAUGCUUGUUUAUGAAGACCAGAAUGAAUACUCAAACACACUGAACAAAGGAAUCAGAACUAUAAAAGUGCCAUGCAUGGUGGUGCAUGAUUGUAAUCUUAGUUCUUGAGAAGCUGAAGCAGGAAGAUUGCCUCAAUUCAAGGCCAGGUCAAACCACAUAGUGACACACUCUUAAAAAACAAUGACACUACCACUCAGACAACAAAUAAAAGCAAAAGGGGGCAGGGGAAUCUACAAAAGAGGCAGUACAUAGUUUCAUAUCCUUUUGCAGCCCAAGGGAUUUUUUUCUAAAUUCGGUUGUUUAUAAAAUUGGGGCCUGAGCAAGAUAUUUCUAUGUAGCUCUGGCUGGGCUCUAGAUUGGGGCAAUCCUCUUGCCCCAGCCUCACCAGUACUGGGAUUACAGGCAUUGGUCACAAUGGGUUUUUCUGUGUAGCCUUGGCUGUCCUGGAUUUGCUUUGUAGACUAGGCUGGCCUCAAACUCACAAGAGAUCCUCCUGCCUCUGCCUCCCAGAGUUCUGGGAUUACAGGUGGAGUGUGUUUAAUUUCUGCAUUGUUAGAUUGUUUUGGGGUCUUUCCUUGAUUUGUGUCAUAGGGAGAUUCUUGCUGCUUACCCAUCAGGCAUACCAACUAUCGUUAGCAUCUGCUUCUUGCUUUAGAAUCUGAAGAUAGUAUAUUCAAAUUUCCCAGCCUCCUCUGCAGCUCAGAGUGACCAGUGUAUUGGCCACUGGAAUUUUCUGGGGAUUCUGGAAAAGAAGUUCGGAUUCUUGUGAGAGGUGUUAUUCUAUCAACAGAAAAUAUACCUCAGCGUGGAGUGCCUUUGAUGACAUGUGCUGUGAAGGAACAAAUAGCUACUACUGCAUCCUCAAAGUGAUGCCUCAACCCAGUCCCACAUUGAGCUUUCCACUAUCUGGCCACAAUAUACUUGCUUUUUCUCCCACAAUUCCUACAGUUUUUCUGAGUUUAAAAGAUCUUAAUUUAAUUAAUUCCUAUUUCAGGAAUAGUCUUGAUUUUUGUUUGUUUGUUUCUAGACAGUGUUUUUCUGUGUAGCUUUGGCUGUCCUGGACUUGCUUUGUAGAUCAGGCUGGCCUCGAACUCACAGAGAUCCAUCUGCCUCUGCUUCAGUUGUGUUUUAUCACCUGUGAACAAGAAUAGAAAGCAGAGACCUUAGUGACUGAUGAACAUCAACAGGGAAAGGAACAGAUGCUCCUAUCUUCCUUAAUUUCUGGUACAUGGACAUAUAAAUGCUUCUUUAGUUCCUACAAAGGUCAAUUUAUAGGGAACAAUCAUUAACAUCUAUGAUAAAGAAUGGCACCAGCACUAGAAAAUUCCUAGUGUCCUUGAAAUGCUAUUCCCUUGUUCCUCUCUGUAUUGGUUUGCUUCCUAUUGCUGUGAUAAACAUUGUGACCCAAAGGGUUAAUUUUACCUUACAGUUACAGUCCACCAGGAAUGGGACUGGGGAUUGGAACUCAAGGCGGGAUACUGGCCUGUCCCCAUGGCUUGCUCAGACUGUUUUCUGGCUUUGUUCCAUUUUUUACUCCACAGGAUCAUCUGUCCAAGGGUGGCAUUGCCAGCAGUAGGUGAAACCCUCCCACAUCAUAUGUAGAUACUUGCCCACCAAGCAACCUGAUGGAGAUUAUCCCUCAGUUAAGGUUUUCUCUUCCCAGAUGAUUAUAGUUUAUGUCCAAUUGAAAAACUAUUUAGCCAGCACACCUUCUGUUCCUUGGAUACCUAGCUUAUGAAGUUAUGUCACAUUCUUAGGCUUUUUUUUGCUGGUUUGCCACAGUACCGCAAUCCCAAAGAUUUGCCUAAUUUUCUGUGCCCAGCCCCCACACCUCCACAAGAGACAUUCUACUUUUUUUUUUUUUUUUAAUUCCCCUUUGAGACAGGAUUUCUUUAUGUAGUCUUGGAACUUUCUCUGUAGAUCAGGCUGGCCUUGAACUCACAGAGACCUGCCUGCUUCUUACUCUUGAAUGUGGGAUUAUUUAAUCCACAUGUGUGUGCCACCACUGCCUGGCUUUGUCUUCAUAAUUUAAUUUUUUUUUCUUUUCCCCUUCUCACAUAUAUUGCAUCCCAACUGUAGUUUUCCACUUCCUCCCCUCCCCCAGUCAUUCCCUCUCACCUCCCCUCUUUUCCAAAAUCUACCCCCACCUUCACCUAUGCCUUCCCUCAGAAAAGAACAGGAUUUCCCAAACAUGGCAUAACAAGCUACAAUAAGACCAGGCACCUACCAUCACAUCAAGGCUGGAUGAUGCAAUCCAGUAGGAGGAAAAGGGUCCCACAAGUAGGCCAAAGAGUCAAGAGACAGCCUGGGCUCCCACUGUUAGGACUCCCACAAGAACACCAAGCUACUUAGCCAUAACAUAUAAGCAGAGGACCUAGGUCAGACCCCUACAGCCUCCCCAAUCCCUGAGAGGCCCCAUGAAUCCCAGUCAGUAGAUUCUGUGGCUAUGUUCUUGUGGUGUCCCUGAACCCUCUGAUUUCUCUUUGUGAUUCUUUCUCUUCCUUCUCCACCUCCUCUUUCUCCUCCACAGUACUCCCAUCAGUUAGUUACUGGAUGUAGUCUCUGCUCUCUUUGAUGAUGAUUCUGCUAGGCCCUGGUCCGAGAACACUCUGCAGGCAGGACAAUUGUAGGUUGAAGGUUUUAUGGCUGUGUUGGUGUCCCAAUCCUUCAACUUGAAUCCUUGCCUGGCUACAGAAAAUGGCCAGUUCAGGCUCCAUGUCCCCCAUUACUUGGACUAAAAAAGAUUUUUGUAUUUUGAUACAUCAGCUGUUUGGCAUUACCUCAGUGAAAACCAGCAAUGGUGGUCAUUUCUCUGCUUCUGUGUCUCUGAUGCUUUAGUAAGUCCAGAUUGGAGUGGGGUUAGGGUUACAUCCACAAGACUAUCUCCAGAGUAGAGGUCUAACAGUAGAUACCUGGGCUGCCACUGAGAACUGUUGCUGUGUCUGGAUAGUUGCCACCAUUCAGCUGCCAGUCAGAACAUCAGUGAAUUGGACCCAGGCAUGUAGGGAGAAACUCCAGUGAGCUGGUGGCUUUUUAGGAGUCCACAAGGAUUGUUUCCCAUCAUCCCUUCCAGAAAAACUAGUAUUGGUCUAGAGCCAAGCCUACUGAGUACAAGAACACACUAUUAUUAGUGGCUUAAGCAGUCCCUUCUUUGCGAGUCAUUGAGUAUGGAGUGACUUGUCCCAGAAUGUGAAUGUCUAACUGGGGGGAGCAUGGAAAAAGGUUUGCCUUAAUAGAGCAACAUCUCAAGCUGGAGAGAUGGCUCAGUGGUUACCAGUCUGUUCUUCCAAAGGCCUCGGGUUCAAUUCCCUGCACCCACAUGGCAGCUCACAACUGUCUGCAAUCCCGGUUCCAGGGCAGGCAAAUACACAUAAAAUAAAAAUGAAUGUAAGGAAAUAAAAACAGAAAAAGAGAUAGCAACUAGUCCAUGUUUUGAAAAAAAGUUGGCUGGGUAUGGUAGUUACUUGGAAGACUGAUGUAGGAGUAUCAGUGGAGCCCAGAACUUCCAGGAUUCCUUGGGCAACAAUAUUUUGUCUUAAAAAUGUAUAUUUGAAGGACACUUGCUCAACUAUCUUCAUCAUAGCAGUAUUAUUUGUAAUAGCCAAAAACUGGAAACAACCCACAUGUCCCUCGGCCAAAGAAUGGAUUUAAAAAAAAUGUAUUUACACAAUGGAACACUACUCAGCUUUUAAAAACAAGGAAAUCAUGAAAUAUGCAGGCAAAUGGAUGGAACUAGAAAAUAUCAUCCUGAGUGAGGUAAGCCAGACCCAGAAAGACACACAUUGGAUAUACUCACUUAUAAUUAGAUAUUAGCCAUAUAGUAUAAGAUAAUCAUACUACAAUUUAUAUAUCCAAAGAAGCUAAGUAACCAGGAGCAUCCAAGGGAGGAUGCUUGAAUCCCACCUAAAAGAGGAAAUAAAAUAGACACCAGAAGUGAAUAAAGAGAGGGACCUGGGUGGGUGAGGGUAACAAGAGCGGAGAUCAGAUGUGGGGAGAAUGGGGUGUGGGAGUCAAGAAGGCUGGGAGAGAGAAGGGAAACCAAGGGGGCCAUCUCUGGGACAAGUUGUAGUCCUGUGACCUGUAUAUCAGACUCCUGGGGGGAUAUGGGGGUGACUCUAGCUGAGACUCUUAGCAGUGGGGACAUGGAAACUGAAGUGGCCACUUCCUAACCAGGCAGGAUUUCCAGUGGAGGGAAGGGGACACCAACCCACCCACAAAACCUUUGACCCCAAAUUUACCCUGCCUACAACAUGUGCAGGGAUAAAGAUAGAGCAGAGAUUGAGGGAAUUGUCAAACAAUGACUGCCCCAACCUGAGACUCACCCUGUGGGAGAAAGCCGAGACAACACUAUUAAUGAUACUCAAAAGCCUAGCAUAGCUGUCCUCUAAGAGGCCCCACUCAGCAGCAGAUAGAAAUGCUAUUAUCUUCUUAAACUCUAUAGCCCCUUUGUUAAGACCUACUUUAGUUCUUCACAUAACUGUGUCUCCUCUGCUAACACCUGCUGUUGCCUUUAGCAUUUCAGAAGCCAUAUUGCCUCCAAGUCUCCAUUUUGAUCAUAAGAUGAAAUUAAGUUCAAGUUCUCAGGCCUACAUACCUGAGACCAGGAUACAAUUCAAUAGUUCAAUACUUGCUGCUUAGAAUAAAACAAAAGAUGAUAAAUGCACAUUCUGCUAGAGUUAAAGAUGGAAACACCCUGCUAUGUUCCUUAUUCCCAAAAAACUGGAAAGCCCUACCCUAAACCCCAGCCAAUGAGCCCUCCUACCCUAAAUCCCAGCCAAUCAGCCCUCCUACCCUAAAUCCCAACCAACCAGUUUAAAGUGCUUUGUCAAGCCACCUAGAUACAACAUAAUACACUUGGAACAAAAUUGAUUAUGUCUAGCUAGUUAAAAUGAUGUAAUGAUGACCCCCUCCUCCACUUUCUACCCCUGGUUACCUGGUUGUUAACUGAUUACACUUUUUCGUAUAAAAGUCUGCCUUAGAAACAGACCAGUAUCAUAAUCUGGCUUCUGAGUCCAAAUUAUGGUCCCGACCAGUCAGUUUUUGUUCAGUGUUCAAUAAACUUCUAUCAUCUGA